UUUUUGAUCUAAUUAACAUAUCUACUUGUAUUUUGAUUCAUACUGACAUAAAUUGCAAGCUAAGGAUUAAAAGGCCCUUUUUGGGGAGACUGUCAUCGGAAUAAUAAGAGAUUUCCAAGCUUUUGAAUCCGAGAUAUGAUGCAAAACAUCUGAUAGAUCAACUUGUAUGCAUGCAGUUUUGAACUUAUAAGAUGAAAGUUCUACUUUGCAUAUUUGCAUCGAUUGCAAUAACCCAACUAUUAGAACAGCAUGGUGGCGUAGAUGCUCAAACUGACGGAACAGAAGGUCCCCCGGGAACAGGAGGUCCCCCGGGAACAGGGGGUCCACCAGGAACAGAAGGUCCGCCAGGAACAGGUGGUCCACCAGGCACAGGAGGCCCACCAGGCACAGGAGGUCCACCAGGAACAGGAGGCCCACCAGGCACAGGUGGUCCACCAGGAACAGGAGGUCCACCGGGAACAGGUGGCCCACCAGGAACAGGCGGUCCACCAGGAACUGGAGGUCCACCAGGUACAGGAGGUCCACCAGGAACCGGAGGUCCACCAGGAACAGGAGGUCCACCAGGAACAGGAGGUCCUCCAGGUACAGGAGGUCCACCAGCAACAGGAGGUCCGCCAGGAACAGGAGGUCCACCAGGCACUGGAGGUCCACCUGGAACAAGCGGUCCACCAGGAACAAUCGGUCCACCAGGAACAGGGGGUCCACCAGGAACAGGGGGUCCACCAGCGACAGGAGGUCCACCGGGAACAGGUGGUCCACCAGGAACAGGGGGUCCACAAGGAACAGGUGGUCCACCUGGAACAAGUGGACCUGCUGGUCCACCCGGAACAGGAGGUCCGCCAGCCACGGGUGGUCCACCGGGAACAGGAGGUCCACCUGGAACAGGAGGUCCUCCAGGAACAAGUGGCCCACCGGGUACUGGUGGUCCACCAGGAACAGGCGGUCCUCCAGGGACAGGAGGUCCACCAGGUACAGGAGGUCCACCGGGUACAGGAGGGCCACCAGGCACAGGAGGUCCACCAGGAACAGGAGGUCCACCAGGAACUGCAGGACCACAAGGCCCGCCAGGAACAAGUGGCCCCCCGGGCACGAUAGGACCACCUGGAGAAGUUGGCACAGGAGGACCACAAGGAACGGUUGGUCCAGCUCCUAAGGGUUUGAAGGGGAACACUGGAUUUCGGGGACCUCCUGGUGAUCGUGGAGUAAAGGGUAUGCAGGGAGAACUAGCAGGAAGUACAGCUACACCUAUUACUGUUUCUACCGUCUCUGGAGAGACAACGGCUGAAUCAACCACAUUUGAAAUGACAACAGUAACUCUGACACCAUCUGCUGCCGUGUACUGCAACGGUGUUUCUGGAGGAAGAUACCCAGACUCUUACAAUUGUAAAUUCUUCUACAUGUGCCAGACUAGCAUCAGGUUCUUCUCCGUUCUCGCAAGUCAACAGUUUACUUGUGUCGACUCAAACUACAAUCCCGUCACCGCAAAUUGCGACGCAAGCUACACAGAAUGUAUCCAAGUCGUCAACUCAGCUGCCAAACAAGAAUCUGUAAACUACAGUCCAGUAGAAAAUAGCCUGAGUGUAUAUUCCUACUACUCUUACACUGCUGGACUUGCUGUUAUGUGCGUUAUUACGCUCGUCGGAGCAGUGGUUAUGUGCAGACGUUCAUCCAGAAGCAGAUUGGACAAGUUACAAAGCGACCAUGUCAUCGGCUCUCACAGUCUCCAUCUAAAUAUGAACAUUCAUUAAGUGUAGUUGGACUUGUUCACCAAUAAAAGAUUUAGUAUUUAGAAUCACUCGACUUCUGGUUAUGAAAAUGUUUAUACGGAACUUCAACAAUGAAACCAUGCUAGUCGAUUAUUCACGAAAAGGGGAGUACAACGAAGCACGGCCAUAUUACUAUCUUGGGCUUGAACGUAUUGAAUAUGCUUAUUAUCAUUUGUAAAACAUUUCAUUUGCUCAAUAAAAUUCUG